AAGUAUGAUGGGUAUACGAACAUCAGGACUAUGUAGAUAUCUUCUUCGACCUCAAGUCCCAUGUCGGGAGUAUGUCAUUCCCAAGAAGACUAAGUUACCCCCGCGGCCCAAGUGGCUCAUUAAAGAAGAAGACAUUGAGGAGAGUUUCAUCAAGGGAGGAAGCGGACCCGGAGGACAAAAAAUCAAUAAAACCAACAGUAAAGUUCAACUCAAACACAUUCCUACGGGUAUCGUGGUGACGUCGCAGCACUCAAGGUCACAGGAGCAGAACCGCCAGAAGGCCCGGGAGAUUCUCGCAGAAAAGUUGGAUUUGAUGGAAAAUGGACCCAAGUCACGUGUGGCGGUGGUGACUGAGCGUAAAGUUAAGUUGAAGCAGAGUAAGCAGAAGAAGAGUCAUCGCAAGUAUAGGAAGAUUGAGGAGGGACGGGCAAAGGAGAAAGAGUUUGAAGAGUUGGUUAAUAUUGAGGACGAGAUUGACCAAAUGACCGGAAGGGGAUGAAAGGCGGG